AUGGACAUGUCCAUGGCAUUGUUGUUGUUCUCUGCUGUGACAUGCUACCUGCUGUGGUUCACCUUCAUCUCCAAAUCUCUCAAGGGCCCGCGCGUGUGGCCCGUGCUGGGCAGCCUGCCGGGCCUCAUCGAGAACGCCGACCGCAUGCACGACUGGAUCGCCGACAACCUCCGCGCGUGUGGCGGCACGUACCAGACCUGCAUCUGCGCCGUGCCGUUCUUGGCCCGGAAGCAGGGCCUCGUCACCGUCACCUGCGACCCCAAGAAUUUGGAGCAUAUAUUGAAAACCCGGUUCGACAACUACCCCAAGGGCCCGACGUGGCAGGCCGUCUUCCACGACCUCCUCGGCCAGGGGAUCUUCAACUCCGACGGCGACACCUGGCUGUUCCAGCGCAAGACGGCCGCGCUCGAGUUCACGACGCGGACGCUGCGCCAGGCCAUGGCCCGGUGGGUGAACCGGGCCAUCAAGAACCGGUUCUGCCCGUUCUUGAUGUCGGCUCAGCUCGAGGCCAAGCCGGUUGACUUGCAGGAUCUUUUGCUGAGGCUGACGUUUGAUAACAUUUGUGGGCUGGCUUUCGGGAAGGACCCUCAGACCCUGGCCCCGGGCUUGGCCGAGAACGGCUUCGCCUCGGCUUUCGACCGCGCCACGGAGGCGUCGCUGCAGCGGUUUAUCCUCCCGGAGGUGAUGUGGAAGCUGAAGAAAUGGCUCCGGCUCGGGAUGGAGGUCAGCCUGAGCCGGAGCCUCGUCCACGUGGACGAGUACCUGUCCAACGUCAUCAGCUCGCGUAAGCUCGAGCUGACGACGUGUCAGCAAAGCAAGGACGCCAAUCCCCACGAUGACUUGCUGUCGAGGUUCAUGAAGAAGAAGGAAUCCUACUCGGAUAAGUUUUUGCAGCACGUGGCGCUCAACUUCAUCCUAGCUGGCCGGGACACGUCGUCGGUGGCGCUGAGCUGGUUCUUCUGGCUGAUCAUACAGAAUCCAAGGGUGGAGCACGAGAUCCUCCGCGAGAUAUGCGCCGUCCUGAUCGAGACACGUGGCGCCGACGUGGAGUCGUGGCUCGACGAGACGCUCGCGUUCGAGGAAGUCGAUCGCUUGGUGUAUCUGAAAGCUGCAUUGUCGGAGACGCUGAGGCUGUACCCUUCCGUCCCCGAGGACUCGAAGCAUGUCGUCGCCGACGACGUCUUGCCCGACGGGACGUUCGUUCCGGCCGGAUCGUCGAUCACGUAUUCGAUCUACUCGGCCGGCCGGAUGAGGUCCACGUGGGGCGAUGACUGUCUGGAGUUCAAGCCGGAGAGGUGGCUGUCUAGUGAUAGGGAGAAGUUUGUUGCCCACGACUCUUACAAGUUCGUGGCGUUUAAUGCGGGGCCGAGAAUAUGUCUCGGGAAGGACUUGGCCUACUUGCAAAUGAAGUCGAUUGCGGCGGCGGUGCUGCUCCGCCACCGGCUGACGGUGGUGCCAGGCCACAAGGUGGAGCAGAAGAUGUCGUUGACGUUGUUUAUGAAGGAUGGGCUCAAGGUAAAUCUGCAUCGGAGGGACCUUAAAUCAGUAGUGGCGAGUGUGAUUAAGGAGAGGGAAGUGGCGGCGGCGGUGCACGCCGGAAAGUCUUUAGGGGUGCUGACGUGCGGUGGCGUUGGCGGUGGAGUGGAGGUGGAUGUGGUGGUUGGGGUGGUUUAAGGCGGUGGUUGGAGUGAGUUAAAGAAGAGUGUAUAAUUCUUUGUAGGGUGGGCGCCCAUUAACUGCUGAGUGUUUUAGGCCAACUCAGUGGAUGGCUGAAUUCUCUGACAAAAAGGGAAAAAAAAAGAAAAAGAAAAAUUGUGGGGUAAAAACUCACAUGGUGAUAUGGAUGCUUAAUGUUGCGCUUGAAUGCAUGUAAAUGAGGGAGCUACACAUAUGCAUGCCAUUCAUGUUUUGGGGGUACAACCAUUCAUUGCGGGUGGUGAGAAUUUCAUGAUAGUUAAUAUUUCUUGUUUUUUUUUUCUUUCUUACUUUCCCUUUUAUCACAAAUUCAUCUUUUUGGGAGUUAUUGUUUUUUCUUUUAUAUUUGGGUUUUGUUAUUGUAUUUAUUCUUUGUAUUUCUUGUUUUGUGUUGUCAUAUUUCCCGAUUUUAUUUACUUUGUUGUUAUAUUAUAUAGUGGAACCAGGUGAGAACUGAGCAUAAAGAA